CGUAAUAUCCUGUUUUUCGUAUAGAAAGUGAUAGUUGGUGGAUAGUGGAUAGAUGAAAAUUGUUCAGGGGGAAUUUAGUAUGAUUUGUGCCUAGAUACAUUUGGAUUGGUAGAUUUUCUGACUAACGAAAAACCUUUAGGGAGUCAUCAGAUCCGGAUUGGUUUACCUGUACGUCGGAUCUCAAAGUGAACAAAACAAAAACAAACAAACAAAUCGCACUCGUUUACAGAAAAUGGAAGACAACGAUCAAAUUGUGAUUACUGGAAUAGCCGGAAAGUUUCCUCAAUGUGACAAUAUCGAAGAGUUUAAGGAGGCUUUGCUGAAUGGUGUGGAUUUAGUUCAAGAAUGUUCCAGGAGAUUUCCAGCAGGUAUUUAUGGCGUCCCCAAAAGAUCGGCAACCCUACCAGUCAUCGACAAAUUCGAUUCUACUUACUUCGGAAUCCACGCUAAGCAAGCCAACUAUAUGGAUCCCAGACAAAGAUUACUUUUAGAAGCAGUUUUCGAAGCCAUCAUAGAUGCUGGAUAUAAUCCAAAGGACCUUAGAGGGUCCAAAACAGGAGUCUAUGUGGGAAUAUCAGCAUUCGGUAACGUCCAUGCUUAUCAAACACUAGAAGAUACAGAUGGAUAUACGAAUAUCGGCUUAUCUCUAGCCCUUGCAGCCAACAGAAUAUCCUAUUGUUUCGAUUUCAAAGGACCGAGCUACUCCAUAGAUACGGCUUGUUCCAGUAGUAUGUUCGCUUUUGUGAACGCCAUCAAUGACAUGAAUGCAGGCAGAAUUGACAGCGCAAUGGUGUGCGGUACACAUCUCAUUACCCAUUACCACGAAACUCUGGAAUUCAAUCGACUUAAUAUGCUGUCUCCCGAUGGCAAAUGCAAAGUAUUUUCCACUGAAAGAAAUGGAUAUGCGCGUGCAGAAGCCGCAAUCGCGUAUUUUCUGCAAAGGAAGGGCAACAGUCGAAGAAUUUACGCAACCGUUCUUGGUGCCGCCUCCAACACGGAUGGGUUUAAGAAGGAGGGCAUUACUUUUCCAUCAGCUGAAGAUCAGUAUGAUUUGAUGUACAAUCUGUGUAAGAAAGUGAACGUUAAUCCUCAUGACGUUACUUAUAUGGAAGCCCACGGGACUGGUACUACUAUUGGAGACAUACAAGAAACUCAAGCCAUUACUAAUGUAUUUUGCAAAAACAGAAAAACGCCUCUUCUGGUUGGCGCCGUCAAAUCAAACAUGGGACACGCUGAAGUGUCUUCUGGAUUGUGUUCCAUGACGAAAGUGUUAGUAGCUAUGGAAUCUGGGAUCAUUCCGGCUAAUUUGCAUUUAGAAAAGUUAGAUAAAACGCUACCUGGGUUAUGUGAUGAUAAAAUCAAAAUAGUCACCGAAAAUACCAAAUGGUCUGAUGGGGUCAUGGGCGUGAACUCGUUCGGCUUUGGAGGCGCCAACGCUCACGUCAUUUUGAAACCGCACACCAAAGAAAAAACGAGCAACUAUCGAAGACCAAAACACCGGCUGGUAAAUGUUUCCGGUAGAACGGAAGAGGCUGUCAUUCACUUUCUUGACGAAGUAUCCGCUAACCAAGACGAUCCAGAUUUCUUAGCGUUGGUGGACGAAAUACACAAGUCGAACGUCAAAGGUCACAUGUAUAGGGGCUACGCAGUCUUAGGAGAACGACCAGCAAAAGAAGUAGAGAGAUACGUCGGCAGAAGACCGAUUUGGUUCGUAUACAGCGGGAUGGGUUCCCAAUGGACCAAAAUGGGCAAGGAUUUGUUGAACAUCGAAGUGUUCAGGAAGACGAUCGAUCGUUGUGCCACCGCUUUGAAACCCUAUAACAUCGAUUUGGUUAAAAUAAUUUGCAGCGAGGAUCCAAAAAUUUUCGACGACAUUAAUAAUUGCUUUGUUGCCAUCAGUUGCGUGGAGAUCGCUUUGACUGAUGUGCUUCAUUCGUUAGGAAUCGUUCCGGAUGCCAUAGUCGGACAUUCUUUAGGAGAAGUUGGUUGCGCAUAUGCUGAUGGAAGCAUCACAGUCGAACAAGCUGCGCUAUUAGGAUAUGCAAGAGGCUACGCGUCAACAAAUACGAAAUUAGAACCAGGCCAAAUGGCAGCCAUAGGUAUGUCGAAGGAAGAAGUCAGAAAGUUACUCCCCGAAGAUGUGUUCAUAGCUUGCCAGAAUUCGUCGACUAGCGUUACGAUAUCUGGCCCGAAAGCCAAAACGCAAGCUUUCGUCGAAGAACUAUCAUCUAAAGGCAUUUUUGCGCGAUUAGUCAAAUCCGCCGACAUCGCUUUCCAUACGAAAUACAUAGCCGAGGCCGGCAAACUCUUGCUGGAGUUUUGCAAAGAGGUUUUAAAGGACCCCAAACCGAGAACGAAUAAAUGGAUAUCCACUUCGGUUCAACCGUCCGACCAGCAUCACAAAUGGGCGCAGUACAACUGCGCCGAGUACCAUAACAACAAUUUUUGCAAUCCAGUACUGUUCGAUCAAGUUUACCAAUAUAUACCUGAUGAUGCUAUCGUUAUCGAAGUUGCUCCACACGGUUUGCUCCAGGCCAUUUUGAAGAGGGAGCUGAAGAAAGACCACACUCAUAUUAUGAUAACGAAUAGAAUGAGCGAGGAUAAUGAACACUUUUUCUUAUCGGCUAUUGGAAAAAUAUACUUAGCUGGCGGUCGACCAAAUUUGAGGAACCUCUACAAUGAAGUGACUUUCCCGGUGGCACGCGGCACGAAAAUGCUGUCGCCCUUAGUGAAAUGGGAUCACAGCGUCACUUGGUUCACGCCGUCGUUCGAAAAAGAAGAUUCGUUCGGAAAGAAAAUAUCUAUUAGCUUGUCGGACGAGAAAUAUUCUUUUCUGCAGGGUCACGAAAUCGAUGGAAGAGUUUUGAUGCCGGCCACAGGAUACUUGCACUUAGUUUGGCAAAUGGUAGCGUCCAUGAAUUUAAAAAAUAUCGAAGAAUUACCGGUAGUAUUCGAGAACGUUAAAUUUAAACGCGCAACAGUCCUUUCGUUCACUGACAGCGUCACAUUCCUCAUAAACGUAAUGAAGCAAUCGGGAAAUUUUGAAAUAUUCGAAAGCGGAUCUGUCGUAUGCUCAGGAAUCAUCCGUUUGGCAACAGACGUAUCUUCAGAAUUCACUCUAAAAGACGUCGUAGAAUCCACCAAAAAUGGAUAUCCCAUAAUGAAACGAGAUGAUGUCUACAAAGAAUGUAAUUUGAGAAGGUACAUGUACAAGGAUUUGUUCGAAGGUAUUGUAGAGUGCGAUAUACAUGGUAUGAAUGGACAGGUCGAAUGGAAAGACAAUUUUGCCAGUUUUCUAGACACUAUGUUGCACGUGACCGUCGUUGCAGACACCUGCAGAGAUUUAAUGCUACCAACGUCCAUUCUGAAGCUCGUUAUAGAUCCAGUUGGACAUAUGAAUUUGGUACAAAAACGAUCAGUCAUUGGAGUUUCUUUCAAUCACGACUUAAACAUCAUCAAAUCUGGAGGAAUAGAAAUCGUAGGAAUCGAAUCUUCGAGAGCACCACGCAGACAGAACGUCCAACCUCCACCGUUUUUGGAAACCAACGAUUUCGUUUACUACGAAACGUCUAUAAAAAACCAAUACGAUUUUGACACUUCUUUAAGGAUAGCAUCGCAAAUAGUUCUGCAAAAUAGCAACGGGAUGACGAAGGAAUUAAAGAUUUUAGAAGUUACUACAAACAAAAUUAACGAAAAAGUAAAUCAGCAACUGAAAACGAUCUUCGACAGUCAACCGUUUGUCGAAGUAGAAUAUACAUCGAAAAAAUCAGAAGAUAUUAAAUCCAAAUAUGAUACGAUUGUUGUUGUCGAAGAGGUUUUACCUACUGUUGACUUAACUGUCUUAUUAGAACAUUUAACUGAUAGCGGGUUUUUGCUGUAUAAAGGAAACUAUAAUAAGAUAGCAGAUAGUUCUUUACAGAUUAUUUUCCAAUCGGUCGCAGAUGAAAACAGCAUUUACUUGUUACGUCCCAAAUACGAAUUUCCCAACAAUUACGAUGUCGUUAACAUUAGAAACACGGAUUUCGAUUGGUUGGAAAAGAUCAAAAACCUCGCCAAAAGCGACGAAUCCAAAGUCAUCUAUCUCUUCACACAAGACGAAGACACCACUGGGAUCGUUGGACUAGUGAAAUGUUUAUUAACAGAACCGUACAAAUUGAAAUUCAGAAUGAUCUUCAUCGAUCAAGCCACGGAUAGAUUUUCUACUGACGAUGAAUUUUAUCGCGACCAGUUGAAAAAGAAUCUUACGUUUAAUGUGUUGAAGAAAAACAACUGGGGUACUUACGUUUUUCUUCCAUUGAAGAAACUUGAAAAGAAGGAUGUUGGAAAUGGUACCAUAACCGUAACUACGAUUGGAGAUUUAUCUAGUAUUGACUGGAUUGAGAGGCCUUUCGAAGGCGUAAAGGUAAACGAAAAAGCUGAACUCGUCUACGUAUACUACUCGGCUUUGAAUUUCAAAGAUGUUCUAUUAGCAACAGGAAAAAUUCUAUUACCAGCUCCUCCUGUACCUGCCGGAUUAGACAUAAGUAUCGGGCUAGAAUACUCUGGCGUAACAACGAAAGGAAAAAGAUUAAUGGGACUUGUAGCUAGCGAAGCGAUUGCUCUGCAAGUGAAUACCGAUCCAGGUUUCACUUGGGAAGUACCGAAUAGUUGGAGUUUGAAGGACGCUACUACGAUACCUUGCGUCUAUGCUACCUGCUACUAUGGAAUGAUCAUUAGAGGCCAGCUGCAACCAGGAGAAUCUAUUCUGAUUCACGCAGGAACUGGUGGAAUAGGCAUAUCAGCGAUAAAUAUUGCCCUUUCCAUGGGUUGCCAAGUAUACACAACGGUUGGUUCUAAAGAAAAAAGGGAAUAUCUGAAAAGAAUGUUUCCACAAUUAGAUGACAAACACAUUGGAAAUUCAAGGAAUACAACCUUCGAAACAAUGAUAAAAACAAACACUAAAGGAAAAGGGGUGGACGUAGUACUCAAUUCUUUAGCAGAUGAAUUGUUCCAAGCGUCGAUGAGAUGUCUCGCGGAACGGGGAAGAUUUUUGGAAAUAGGAAAAGUUGAUUUGACGAACUCGUCUCCGAUACCAAGCAAAAUGUUCCUUAGAAACAUCAGUUUCCAUGGGAUACAUCUAGACGGAUUGUUUUUCUUAGACGCAGAUGUUAAGAAGGAAAUACAAUAUUUGGUGGCCGAAGGAAUUACGAUGGGCGUAGUGAAACCGCUGCCCAGUAUGGUAUACGACGAAACUCAAGUAGAAUCCGCCUUCCGAUUCUUAGCAUCCGGUAAACAUAAAGGAAAAGUACUGAUCGAAAUGAGAAAAGAAGAUUUGGUUCCCACUAACGCCCCGAUAAGAAGCAUAUCGGCUAUACCGAGAGUCUAUUUCGAUCCCAAAAAAUCGUACGUCCUCAUCGGAGGACUAGGAGGAUUCGGACUCGAAUUGACGGAUUGGCUUAUUCGAAAAGGUGCUACCAACAUCGUGCUGAAUUCCAGGAAGGGUCUUUCUAACGGUUACCAAUCUUACUGCUUGCGGAAAUGGUCUCAAUGGAAGGGAGUUGUCGUCAAAAUUAACACCAACGAUACCAGUACUGUCAAAGGAGCCGAAGCGUUAAUUAAAGUGGCUAACGAAUUGGGACCCGUAGGAGGUAUAUUCAAUAUGGGAUUAGUACUUAAGGACGCUCUUAUAGUCAACCAAACAAAAGAAAAUUUCGAUAGCGUCUUCAAACCGAAAAUAAUUUCCGGUAAAAAUAUGGAUACGGUCAGUCGGACCUUGUGCAAAGAUUUGGACCAUUUCGUAGUAUUUUCGUCAAUAGCUUGUGGAAGGGGAAACACGGGUCAAACGAAUUACGGUAUGGCCAAUUCGGCGUUAGAAAGACUGUGCGAAAAACGAAAAAUGAACCAACUUCCCGGAUUGGCCGUUCAAUGGGGUCCAGUUGGAGAAGUGGGAGCUUUGGCUAAACUAGGAAUUGAAGAUAAGGUAUUUAAAAAUCUUCAACCACAAAAAAUUGCGUCCUGUCUGAAUGCCUUGGAAAAGUUUAUGUUACAACCUUUGGUAAUUGGAUCUAGUAUAGUACUUGUAGAUACCACUGAUACCGGUAGUCAACAGACGACUCGAACCCCGGUCGAAGCAGUGGCACAUAUUUUAGGAAUACAUAAUUUGGGUUUAGUUGAUAAAACAAUGACGCUAUCCCAACUCGGACUGGAUUCACUGAUGGGAACCGAAAUUAAGCAAACCCUAUACAGAAAUUUCCAACUAGAAUUAACACCAGAAGAAAUCAGAGAUUUAACCCUAAAUGCGUUAAUAUCCCUAGGAGGAUCCGAUACCGAAUCGAUACCAACCACCAACGGAGUCUCGAAAGAAAUCCAGUCCGUUACACCGGAGUUGGCCAGUUACCUGAUACCGGCAGAAAUCGUGAUUAAAAUGAACAGUAUAAAUAACCACAGUAAGAAUAUCUUCUUGCUUCAUCCCAUCGAAGGGAACGUCGACAUCUUGAAGUCGAUAGCAAAGAAAAUUAAAGCGACCGUGUACGGUUUGCAAUGCACCAGCGAGACCAAAGCGGACAAAAUGGACGAUUUAGCCAAAUAUUACGUAAAAAAAGUGAAACAAAUCCAACCGAAGGGUCCGUAUUAUUUCUGCGGAUACUCUUACGGAGGAUCUUUGGGAAUCGAAAUGAGUUUGCAGCUAGAGAAGAUCGGCGAAAAAGUCGAUUUUGUUACUAUAGAUAGUUCGCCAAUAUUUGUUCAAAAUUUAUUGAGGAAUACUCACAUGAGAUUGGAUCAGAACAUGGAGAAGGCGCAAGCGGCAAUUUUGGAAACGUUUUCUUCGUCAUUUCCGCAAGUUAAUCAUUUGGAGGUAUCCAAAGCGUUGGGUAAUUUCAAAGAUUGGAAGCAACAGCUGGCAAACGUCAGUGAAAUUAUUUCAAAAUCCGUUGGUAUAGACAGGACUAAAAUUUCCGAUGCAGCUGACAGCUUUUUCCGAAGAGUUCACGCCAGUUAUUACUACCAACCUGCGACUACAUUCGGAGGCAGAAUUUUGCUAAUCAGAAGGGACGAGAAUCCGUUCUUCUUGUCUGAUAACUACGAAUUACAAAAGCUUUGCAAGCAACCCGUUGGAGUCGUCAAACUGAAAGGAGACCACACGACAAUAUUAUUAGGGGACAAUACACAGAGAGUAGCCGAUAUUAUAAACAAGUUUUUUGAAGUGUAGAUUUUAAUUUUUAAGCGAAAUAAAUGAUUUUUAUGAAAACAUGUUUA